AUGUCGAGACCAGAAGACCUACUCCCGCCCGAAGUCUUCUACAACGAUGUCGAGUCGCGAAAAUAUACCACCAACAGUCGCAUAAAAAAUAUCCAGGCUGACAUGACCAACCGCGCACUCGAACUAUUGGACUUACAAGAGCCAUCAUUCAUUCUCGACGUCGGCUGUGGCUCAGGACUGUCAGGCGACAUUCUCUCAGAAGUACCCGAAGAUGAAGGCGGUCCACACGUGUGGGUAGGCAUGGACAUUAGCUCGGAUAUGCUUGCGCAAGCACUAGAAAGAGAUGUGGAGGGAGACAUGCUGUUGGCGGAUAUCGGACAAGGAGUUCCCUUUCGAGCAGGGAGUUUUGAUGCAGCGAUCAGCAUUUCUGCCAUUCAAUGGUUAUGCAAUGCAGACACCUCCGAUGUGACGCCUGAAGGACGACUCAAGCGCUUCUUUGACGGGCUGUAUGCAUCUUUGAAGAGAGGCGGGAAGGCAGUGUGCCAGUUCUAUCCCAAGAAUGCGCAGCAGCAGAGCAUGAUCUCGAGCGCGGCAAUCAAAGCUGGGUUCGGUGCCGGUAUCUUGCAAGACGACCCGGAGACGAAGAAUGUCAAGUACUACCUCGUACUGACUGUUGGUGGAGCAGAUGUCACAGGAGCAGUCAGUGGCAUGGACAACAUCGAUGUCAUGGAUGCGAGGAGGAGAGAGCGAAAGAGAAGGAAGGAGGUCAAGAAGGGCAGCAAGCAAUGGAUUUUGCACAAAAAGAAGCAAAUGGAGGACAAGGGACGAAUCGUCAAGGCAAACAGCAAAUACACGGGCAGAAAGAGAAAGAUUGCGUGGUGA